UUUGCAUUGGUCGCACAUGUGUUACUCAGGUGCGACUCGUUUGUAGACCCGCGGAGGAAGAACCGGGGCGCAAACAUAACCGGUGAUCCUUUUUAUUGCCCGCACGUCCUCCGUCGCGAUCCUACGAUAAGAAGACUAAGGUUCAACAUUUUUGUUGGGAAUCGGUGACGUUUGUGGCAGGAUGGCUAAACCAAAACGAGUCAGAGGGAAGUUCCUCCUCCUCUUCAUUGCCAUCCUCAUUUUCAUCUUCUGCAUCACUGUGAGAACACCCAGGACGUACAGGAUAAUCCCACCGCUGCGCCGGGCUCCGAAAACUUGCCCUUUGCAGAUCUCUGAGCGAAGCAUCACUCCGCUCAACAACACCAAGCACUUGCUGGUGUCGGCCUACAUGGACCAGAGAGUGAAUGGCUUCGACGUACGCAUCAUUGGCAUAUUUAAGAGAGACUCCAUCCAAAAACUGCACUGUGUUUUCUGCUGUGCAGGACAGCCAUCAAGUAAAACUCCUGGAACAAUUUUACAACAUACGGACAACUUUGGUUUCCCCUACGUCACCACGGAUGUCAUGUGUCAGAUUCCCCAAAACUGCAGAGCUACACAUGUCAGUCUCUCUACUGAGCCAGGAGAAGUCCAGCUAGUUGACCAACCCUGGCUUCCUGUAAGAAAUAAGAAAACCAAUGGGAAGGAGGAAGAAAAGUUGCAGUUUAACUUCACAGUCUGCAUCUCCAACCUGUUUGGAGACUACAACAAUGUCCUUCAGUUUGCACAGACCCUGGAGAUGUACAGGUUACUGGGUGUGGACAGGGUGGUGAUCUACAACACCAGCUGCGGCCCCGAUCUCAAUCGCCUGCUGCAGAUCUACAGCCAGGAGGGCUUCGUGGAGAUGGUUCCCUGGCCCAUCGACCAGCACCUGAAUCCAUCGCCUGGCUGGCUCUUCUCACUGAGCGGAGGGGACGUGCACUACUUUGGCCAGUUGACCACACUGAAUGAAUGUAUUUACAGAUCCAUGGACCGCUCGCGCUACGUGCUGUUGAACGACAUCGACGAGAUCAUCAUGCCUUACAAGCACAACACCCUGACAUCUCUGAUGGACGUGCUCCAACAACAGCAUCCAAAUACAGGAGUUUACCUUAUUGAGAACCAUAUCUUCCCGAAGAAACAUUUUGAGCCAAGUGGAAGGUUUCACCUGCCUCAGUGGAACGGUGUGCCGGGCAUUAAUAUUCUGGAGCACAUCUACAGGGAGGACCCCGACAGACAGUCAUACCACCCGCACAAGAUGAUACUUCAGCCGAGGUUGGUGGAGAGGACUUCAGUGCAUGAAGUGCUCAAGAGUUCUGGACAACAGUUUAAGGUUCCCAUGGAUGUUUGUCGAAUCAUUCAUGUCCGUGUGCCUCUCCGUAAGUCGUUGACGCUCGAGCAGCUCAAUGAGGACAAGCGACUGUGGGACUUCCAAGAAAAACUGAUUCCCAGUGUGGACAAGGUGCUGAGGAGAGCUGGGCUGCUGGCCUCAUAGGAACAAAGCUGAUGCAAGGGGAUGGACAAACAUGCUGAGCAGGUUAAAUGUGACCUUCACCAGUGGGGGUCAAGUUACUCCCAUUAUUUUCCUGAUAUGAACUACGUUGAAUAAAAUGCCACAAAUGUUAAUAUUAGUACUAUGAAUACUUUUCUCAACUUUUGAAGUUCAUUUACAGAGUGCUAUGAGAGACUCACUGGCUGUAAAUUAACUUCCCCUGAAUUUGACUAUUCAAAGUAAAACGCCUGCUCAGAUGCUUGCAUGCCCGACAUGCACAUGGAAACAACCUUUAAAUUCCAAUCAGCCAUAUGACGCCGUAAUCUAUUUGAAACUAAGGGAAUAAUUAAAGUUAAUACAAGUUGGGUGAACAUGAAUGAUUGACUGCAGGCAAGUGCACAUACCGUUUAGGAGCAGGGGAAAAAAGUAGUUGUGUAUUCCCGUAGCCUAGAGAAAAUUGUCCUGUGUGGCUGUUGCUAUGCAACAACUAUUUUCUGUUCUGCUUGCUAUGCAGCAGGCACACGUUGAAACGUCAUGUCUGUUGGCCAAGCACCAGAAGUUUGUUAAGUGUGGCGGCAUGAGCGCUGACAAACCAAACAUAGACAACGUCAGCCUAGGAAUUUCACCCAGAGAAUGAUCUCAAUUACUAAUGAAUACGAGGUUCAACUUAAAAAAAUGAUAUAAUUUUAUUUCAAUAAAUCUCAAUAAAGUUAAAAGCAAUCAAUUUAAAACCUUCACAUCAAAAAAGGGGGGGGGAAUAACUGCUGAGGCCUACCAGUGGCAGAGAAGGGGGUACGAGGGGAUCCCAGGGAAAGUUACCAGUGAACAAGAAACAAACAGUGAACACAGCAAUUGAAAACCGGAGACACAGCACACAGGGAAGGAGAUACCACUACCAACUCACCAACUGAAAAAGGGGAAAGAAAUGGGGAAACACACACGCAAUUAAGAACAGGAUUCACUCCACAAAAGAAUAUCAAAAACAUUCAAUAAACUGAUUAUAGAGAAACAAAUGGAACAAAAUUGAACACAACUACAAUAUGAAGGCCAGAACCACUAGUGGUUUCAGGGGGCCAUACAGCAAAAAUUCAAAAGAAAACACUUUGCAAUAAACUCAACAGAAACAAAACGCUAAUUAUAAAUAACACAAUAACAACCAAAGAAACUCAAACUUUAGGUAGAACAGUCACUAAAAAGAAAAAAUAUGGCUGCAACUUUUAACUAAAUUGAAAACAAAAUAGAAAAUAAACUAAGUCAACCAAAUUAAUCGAGGGAGCCAAAUCCUUCAGCUAUUCAUUCAAAAAAAGACAGGCGGCUCAGACAUUGGCCCGGUAGCGGUGAAGGCAACACAGGCGCACAGCAAUGGAUGCGAUAUUCCGGAUUUUUAGGAGACAGCAGCAGUCUCGGCAAAACAGCAGCCAGUAGUUGGAGUGCUAAGCAGCUACGAGGAUCUCCAGCUACACCGCCCAGGUCCUAUCAAGCAGCAUAUUACGUCACCCUGAAAGAGACAGCUCCAGCGGCCAAGUAUGGAAGUAAAUCUGUGCCAUCGGGGGUUGAAAUAAAAAGUUGAUUCAAUAUCUAGCACUGAAUAUUUAUGCAUUGAAAUUAUGUACCUGAAUGUUUUUCAACAUUAAAACACCACAAAAAAAUUCAACCUAAAAAAAAAAAUGUUGAAAUAUUCGAAAUGGAGGCUACAAUAUUCAACCCCAAAAAAUUCAACCUUGACACACCAAC